CCAUCGACCGACCCAUUCAUCUUUUAAGUCUCUCUCUCUCUCUCGCUCGCUCUUCUCUCUUCUCUCUUCUCAGAUCGGAGACCAAUCGAAUUCGAAGAACAGUGAAAGGUAUACGUGAGUGCUGUGAGGAGAUAUGACAACUGCGGCUCGACCCACAUGGGCUCCUGCGAAAGGUGGUAACGAGCAAGGCGGUACUCGGAUUUUUGGUCCCUCCCAGAAAUUCUCGUCAAGGGACCUUGCGUCUCAUACAGCUUUAAAACCAAGAAAGGAAGGGCAAGACACCCAGGAUGAGUUGCAGAAGAGGAACCUCCGUGACGAGCUUGAAGACCGUGAGCGGAGGCAUUUCUCGUCAAAGGAUAAGUCCUAUAUUGAUGACAGAGAUCGCAGGAGGGGAAGUCAUCUCCUAUUGGAAGGGACAAAGAGGGACGCUGAAGAUCGUAUUGUUCCACGUAAUGUAGAUGCCGAUGAUUCUGAUGUGGAUGUAAAAAGUGAUGAUGAGAGUGAUGAAAGCGACGAUGAUGAUGAGGAUGACGAAGCAGCUCUAAUACUUGAGCUUGAGCAAAUAAGGAAGGAAAGAGCUGAGGAGAAGCUACGAAUGGAGCGACAACAGCGGGAGGAAGAGCUUAAAGUUAAGGAAGCAGAGCUUCUUCGGGGAAACCCACUGAUCAAUAAUCCAACAUCUUUUAAUGUGAAAAGAAGGUGGGACGAUGACGUGGUGUUUAAGAAUCAGGCCCGUGGUGAAACCAAGACUCCAAAGCGCUUCAUUAAUGACACCAUCAGGAAUGACUUCCACCGGAAAUUCCUGCACAAAUACAUGAAAUAGUAUAUUGUUCAAGUCUUGAGGGUAGAAGCUUGAGCAAUGUUGAGUUUAGAGAAACUUGUGAUAUGGAAUGAACCUUUUUUUUUUUUUUUUUUUUCUGAGCACUAUGAUAUGCAAUGAUUGUAUGUACUAAAAUAUAGCAAAUUGCUGUGCUGGAUAUGGAUAUGGAUCUAGUUAUUGUUCAGAAUUGGAUUAUGAAAUAUAUGUUGGCAAUAGUUGUUUGAUCUUU